UGCAAAUGAACAGUCUGUUGUGCAAAAUGGUAAGACAGGUUUCUAUAAAAGGGUUUGAGGAGUUCGUAAAAUAUACGGAUAAAAUAGACCCUCAAGGGCCGCCGGUGUAUUUCUACUUUGAUUCUAAGCUGCCUGAUGGUACGAGCUGGUGCCCUGAUUGCGUUGUCGCGGAGCCAAUAGUGCGGGCUUUUCUGCGCGAAGUCAAGAAGGAGCUGAUCUUUGUGCAUGUAGACUGCGGUGAAAGAGAAUUCUACAGAGACCCUCAGUGCGUGUUCAGGAUGGACCCCCGCUCGAAGAUCCGUCGCAUACCGACGCUUUUGAAAUGGCAGGGCGACAGGCUGGAGGAGACUGAGCUUAAUGACCCCGAUAAUUUACGGAGGUUAUUUGAAGUGCUUAUAACUCCUUAGAAUUUUUCAUAAAAUAAACAUGCAUCUUUAAGGACGACUCACGCUAGACCGGGCCCGGGCCGGGGCCGGGCCGGAGGUUCCGGCGCUUCGUUUUCUAUGCCGUGAUCACCGAUCAGCCGUCAUAAAAAAUGGCAUUAUGCAGCCAGUAGAUAAGCUUGUGUAGGUAACUAUUAGGUAGAGUUAGACUAAGAUAAGUCUGCAACCAUUUUGAUAGCACACGCAGUGCAAGUGUUACGUAGAAGUUCCUGCGUUGUGCUAUCAAAAUUGUUGCAGACUUAUUGCGACCACAUUUUCAUUUUCACACCAAUUGCGACGUG